AUGACAAUAACGAGGAGGGGAUGGAAGAGGCGCGGGAUAGUGCCUGCACCCCUCUCUCGGCACUAUCGGAAAAUUACAGCACGAAGCUGCUGGGCAGAAGUAUCUCGCUUUCCCGGUGCCCGCUGCAUCGUGCGGGACGCUGCAGGCACUCGGCACGGGAGCUCGGAACUUUCCCUGCUCUUCAAAACUCUGCUGAGCUCAGUGGAAAACCGAAUGAAAGCCCAGGGGCGUGAGCCGGAGAGCGUCGCUCGGCGUCCUUCCUCGGCAAGAACGAGCCGGAGGCGCUCCCCGUGCAGGAGCCGAGCCCGCCGGGGCCCCCGGCCCGGCCCGGCCGCGUGGCGGGCGGGGCCCGAGCGGAACGGCCGCAGCACACGGACACCUCGCAGGGCUCCGGGCACGGCCGGCCCCUGUCCGCCCCGGGCUCACUCACCUCGGCCCGGCAGCCCGGCCUCUCCUCCGCGCCGCGGGGGGCGGCAGCAGCGGCGGCGCGGCUCGGCUCGGCUCCGUCCGCGGGGGGCAGCGCCCGGAGCGCCGCUCGGAGGGCGAGGCGGCCGCGGGACAGCAGCGGAGCGCCCGCCGGACUCUGAGGAGAUGGGAGUGAGAGGCGGGGGAGCCCGGCCGCAGCCUCCACCUCCGCUGCCGGCCCCGCCUUCCGCGCCCAUCCCGCUCCCCUCCGCCCGGCGCAGCGCCGUGCCCCGUCCCGAGCGGCCUCGGGGGCGGCGCGGCCUCAGGGGCUCCCUCCGGCCUGGGAGCCCCGGCCGCGGGUCUGCUGGGGCCUCGGCCGGACAAAGGGCGCAUUCACCUGCUCCCUCCCCGCCCCGCCGCAGGGAGGAGGAGGAGGAGGAGGUGCCGAGGUGCGCUUUCCCCCGGUGCCCCUCGCCUCCACAGCCGGGGCCGGGCCGGGCCGGGCCUGUGGCGGGCGGGCUGCGGGGCACGGCGCGCUCGGGCCGCUGCCCGGCGCCCUUCGGCUCCGCGCCUGCUGCUGCUCUGCGGUCGGUGUGGGGUUUUUCCCGUUGCCAUCAGCAGGGUGACGCCUGGCGGUGGGAGCGCAGGGGAGGAGGCUGCCUGAGACAAGGUGUGCCGGGCGCUCCCAGCCCGGCUAGGGAGACUUUGCCGUACAGGGGGCUAAAAGCAUGUCCCGAGUGA